UUUGUCAUCACAAGAUUGGAUAUUGAUACAGAUGUACGGUAUAGAUUUUCGGAAACAAUAUAUAUUCUGACAGUGUUUAAUCCUAGUCAUGACAACGAGACCUAUGUUGUUGAUAUACCGUUUCCAAAAGAGGCUUUUAUUUCAAACUUUACACUAGAAGUUGGUGGUGAGAUAUUACUAAGUAGUAUUGUAGGGAAAGACAGUAAGGAUACUGGUACAAUUAACGGGAAAACUUCAGAAUCAGAGAAUUUCACUGACAGCAUUUCAGAAUUUUUGGGCACAAAUUCAUUUGUUUUGCCCGUUGAAAUUCCUCCUGAAGAAGACGUCACUAUAACAUUAACAUACCAAGAAGUACUCAAACGACUUAAAGGGGUUUAUGAUAUCAACAUAUUUGUCGGCCAUUGUGAAAACGGAUACAAUACAAAUAUCGAAAUGUCGAUUAAAGAAACGAAACCUUUGACAAAACUGGAGUUGUCUCCAAUGUGGAAAAAUGCACAUCGAGACAAAAGCAAAGAACUACAUCUCACAAGACCAAGUAACGAAUCAGCAGUCAUAACAUACAAUGUAGUUUCUAACCAGAUGGAAUGUCUACAAAAGUUGGAAGUGCAAUAUGACGUAGAAAGAAGUCAGAAUGCAGGAGAGAUUCUUAUUGAAGAUGGCUUCUUUGUACAUUUUCUAGCACCAACUGGUCUUCAAGUUAUUCCAAAGGAUAUCGUAUUCGUUUUAGAUACGAGCAGAUCAAUGACAGGUGAACCCAUUGCGGAACUCCAGAACGCAAUGGUUACUAUAUUGGGCAAACUUGCUUUAAAGGAUAUGUUUAACAUUGUUGUCUUCGAAUCGUCGUUUGGUAUGUUUGAGAGCGAACUGCAAAAAGUUACCAAUCGAAGUAUUACUGAUGCCAAAAAUAUGAUUUACUUCAUGACACCUGAUGGAGGUACAAAUAUUCAUGAUGGUUUACUAGCAGGCAUAAAGAUUUUGCAUUCUGUCAAAGUAGACGAAAUCCGUUCACCAAUUAUUAUAUUUCUAACCGACGGAAAGGCAUCGAGUGGUAUAACAAACAGAAAUCUAAUAACGAAAAGAGUUAAAUCAAGGAAUAUUUUAGGAAUUCCCAUCUUUACCAUUAGUUUAGGUAAAGAAUCAGAUCAAAAUCUAACGUCUAAGAUUGCGUCUCAAAAUUUUGGCUUUUCGCGACAUAUUUAUAAUGCCGGUACAUCAAGUUCAAUCAUAGAUAGUGUGUAUGACGAUGUUGCUACUACAUUAAUGAAGCAUAUCAAUAUUGUAUACAUGGAUAACGUUGUCAACGAUCAAACAGUUACACAAACGAAUUUCAAAACUUUAUUCCAAAAUACCGAAAUUGUGACGUCAGGAAAAUUUCAAAACGAGUCAACAAAAUUUCUCAAUUCUACGGUUGUUGGACUUGGAGCAUCGGGACUGACCAUGUUAUCGAACGCAAGCGUCUCUGUAAUCGAUGACGAUGGGCGUAAAAAUACGAUUGAGGCAAUAUGGAAACAUAGAAGAUUGAAAGAAGUGAUGUCGAUUCAAAAAGCUAUCGAUGACUCUACAAUGGUUAAAGCUUUACAAGAAACACUGUUAACAAUGUCUGUUCAGUAUAAGUAUGUUACACCGCUUACUGCAGUCUUGAUUGAAAGACAUGGUAAACCAGAAAGUAAUGUUGUCCUAGACAAUGAAGAAAGAGUUGUAUAUGCAGUAGCCCAUAAUCAAAGGGACCAGUUAAAGGAAAAUAAGCCAAAACGAAGAGAUUCAGAAUUUUCAGCAAAAGGAGAUCCACAUUUCGAGAUUAGAAUAGAGGGUAUUGAGAAUCCUAUUUGCUUUGAUAUAAAGACUGAUCCUGGUUCGAUCGUAAGAAUACUUCAAAUUCCAAGAGUAAUGGUAGUGAACAUAGGAAUUAUACCGGAAACGGAAGAUUUCAAAGAGGAUAAGAUGUAUAUUUCUGAUAUUUUUGUGUCAAUACAUGCCCAUACCCUUCUGAUGAAUAUCGAUGGUGGAAUAUUAUACAACGGACAAAAGUUUGAUUGGCCACUGCAAAAUUGCACAGAAACUACCACAGAGAAACUUAUAAUGUGCAGUAACAAUAAAAGAAGAAUGACUGUAUUUCACCUUAACCAUGAAGUUACAUUACGAGUGAAAAGAGUAAUACACGUUGGAAAGAAAUACUUUAAUUUUUAUAUUGAUAAUUUUACAAAACUAUCGAAGAGAAGUACAGGACUAUUAGGGGAAAUUCUCCAAGAAACAGUUUCAGUUCGAAAAGUAAUAAGAAGAAAAGGUAGAUUAGUUGGCAGCUUUACCAGCAGGUCUAAUAGAACUGGACCAAACAAAUAUUUUUCGGCUAAACUCAAGUUAAUGGAGAAUUCGGAAACAAGACAUCUAUGUUGGCAUCUACACAAAAAGAUUUCUGGGUUAAUUGACUCGUCAAACAAGUUUCAACUGCCAAGUUUGUUUCAUUCGGAUGUUUUACCAACUUAGCAGAGUGUAAGCUGUUGAAAUUAAAGAACUUACGCUAAAGACAUAACUAAAUGUUUAUUUAGCAGAUUUUGUUAAUAAGAUUUGUUGCAAUGUUUAAUAAAAAUAAAUCAUAAAUAUUGCUUCAAUAUAAACAAAAAAUUAAAAGCUUGUUCCAGAUAGAAUCUAAAUGGCUUGUCAAAUGAAAUUUCUUUAAAUCACUUGUAAAUAGGAAAACAAACCAAAUUUCCCUACAUUCGUCACAUUUAUGUCAUAUCUAAUAACAUAAACGGUACACAUUUUACUGCACUAGAAACGCAUUCUGUUAAUUAAUGUCUCUUCAGUGAAACUCGGAGCCGAAACAAUUGUUAAUCUAAACCCAAUGCAAACGUUGAAGAGCUGAUCAAACCAAAAAGACCUAAAGUAAAGCCAAAUCCGGACAAGAAAUCAGAGCUUUUUAUGAGGGAUAUAUAUUCCUUAAUUUAAAAUGAUUUCCAAUAUUUCAUUACAGCCAUGUUUCAAUCAAACAAUAUCAGUAUUUUGUACUGGCUACUGAGCUAGUGAAAAGUACAAAAUAAGAAACAUUAUUAAGGUACUGUACAAAUGUAACUGAACACAUGAUUUACCUAUAAAAAGAGACCUGACUGGCAAUUACCUUGACAAACUUUGGAAAGCUGUGGAACUAAUAUGCAACUGAUUUCUUUGGGCGUUUUAAAAAGGUUUUUACGCUUUGUCUUACUAAGAAACAUUACAUUUGUUCAAGAAAAAGUUGUAUAACUUUUUGUUUUCAAAUUAAAAGUAUUCAGAUGCCAAUAUGGUCCCUAUACUGUUAAUGCUUAAGAAUGAAAGACAAUAAACCAUUGUGAAACUUUACAUUCCGUUAAUCAAUACAUAACAACAGGUUUAGGGAGCCAUUAUCGCUAUUAUUACAUACUGGUUUUUAUUCUUUUCUGUACACCAGUUUUAUUGGAUAAAUGUGCUUUCAUCCUUGUCAUCAAUAAAUCGAGCCAGGCCUUUCGUCUCUGAAAAGACUUUUACAAUUCUAAAUGGAAAUCUAUGCAUUUUCACAGCCUUUAAAAUGAACCAGCACCAUAUUUUUUUAUAAUAUAGAAAAACAAACGAAAUGCUUCAUCUAACUUUUACUUCAUGAUUCAUCAUUUUAGACUUAAAUGUGAUUAUUGGAAUUUAAUGCUUCUUUUAUAAUUUUAUAGAGUUGUAAAUGCCAUUAGUUCAAUUAUCUCCCUUAAAAUAUUUCCAACAAGAAUUAUUUUCCUUCAUGCAUAUUCCAAGGUUAUGUUCUGCAACCGUUAAAAGUUUCAUCAAUAUUGAUUAAGCCAUUAAGGAGAGGUGAGCUUACGAGACCUGUUGCAACAUAUUGCAAUGUUAAAUUAAGUAAGUUCAAUUUUCUCCCUGAAAAUAUUUCUGACCAGGAUUAUUUUCCUUAAUGCACAAUCUCGGGUUGUGUACUGCAACUGUGUAAAAUUUCAUCAAUAUCUAUCAAGCAGUUAGGGAGGAGUUAUGCUUAGAUGGGCAGGGUCAUCAGAUACAUAUUUUGAACUAAAUAACCUAAGGAUGAUUUAGACCAAGUUUGGUUUAACUUGACCCAGUAGUUUCAGAGGAAAAGAUGUUUGUAAAAGAUUACAAAAAUUUACGAAAUAUUGUGAAAAUUUGACUUUAAAGAGCAAUAACUCCUUAAAGGGUCAAUUGACAAUUUUGAUAAUUUAACUUAUUUGUAGAGCUUACUUUGCUGAACAUUUUUGCUCUUUACAGUUUAUCUCUAUCUACUAUAAUAUUCAAGAUAAUAACUAAAAACUGCAAAAUUUCCUUAAAAUUACCAAUUCAGAGGCAGCAACCCAACAACAGGUUGUCUGAUGCGUCUGAAAAUACCACGGCAGAUAUAUCUUAAUCUGAUGAACAUUUUUACCUCAGUCAGAUUUGCUCUAAAUGCUUUAGUUUCAGAGAUAUAAGCCAAAAACUGCAUUUUACCCCCCUGUUCUAUUUUAAGCCAUGGCGGCCAUCUUGGUUGAUGGGCGGGGUCAUCGGAUAUACUUUUCAAACAAGAUACCUAAGAAUGAUUUAGGUAAAGUUUGGUUUUAUUUGGCUCAGUAUUUUCAGAGGAGAAGAUUUUUGUAAAAGUUAACGGACGACGACGGACGACGACGACAACGAAGGACGACGGACGACAGACGCCAAGUGAUAAGGAAAGCUCAUUUGACCCAGCAGUCAGGUGAGCUAAAAUACGUGUAAAUAUACCAAUGAAAUAUAUGCCAUGAACUAAAGAUCAUUCCUGACCAGAUUUCAACAAAUUACUUUAGUUGGACAAUGAAUUUGACAUAGUGACAUGCGAAGUUCGAUUACAAUCAAACAAUUAGUAGGUUGACGUUGGCUUGGUUUAGUAUCUCGUCUUGGGUUGUGUUCGGUGGUGUGUAUAGUUUUUUUUAUAUGCUACGCCGCGGCGGAGGGAGCAUUAAGUGUUGCCGUUGUCCGUCCGUUCUCUAACUUUAGUUUGCCUCAAACAAAUAUCAUUACCACAAAACACAGAUCAAGUUCGAAUUUGGGUGGCGUCACUUUUAUCGUUCGAGUUAUGUCCCUUUAUAUCAGGAAAAAUUGCUGAAUUUUUCGUUUCCGUUAUCUAACUUUAGUUUGGUGCAACCAAGCGUUAUGAAACUUAUACACAAUGCUUAUGACCA